GAAGUAAUCAACCAUCCAAACACGGUAUAUCAAAAUCAAAGACACUUACUUCUGUCCCAAAACUCCCAAAGCACAGAGAAAAAAAAGCACCUGCAAAAACUCAUAUCAGAUCUCAAUAAACGAUUCAAUGGGGAUACUCCUGAUGCUUGAUCUCGCAAUCCUGAGCUGAAAUGCAGCAGCCCAAUCUCUUCCCUUUCGGUACCGUCUUUGGGAAUCCGUUUCUACUCAAUGGUGAUUUGAACGAAGCUGGUGUCGGUGGAUUUGAGAGCUCUAGGGUUUUCUUUUUGGUUCCCUUUUUGUUGUUCCAAGGAGGUGGGAUGGAUUUGUCCAAGGUUGGUACGAAGAUUUUAAGUUCUGUUCGUUCCGCUAGAUCGCUUGGUCUCUUGCCUUCCACCUCUGAUCGCCCUGAGGUUCCUGCACGAGCUGCAGCUGCUGCCGCAGUUGCACGUGUUCUUGCUGGACUGCCUCCUCAUCAGCGAUUUAGUCUUCCAUCAAGUUCUGAAGAAUUACUCUCAAUAUAUGGGAGCAGAUCACAGGGUCAAGUGGUGGAGGAACUAGAAGAGGACUUCUAUAAAGAGGAUUUUGAUCCAAUUAGACACAUUUUAGAGCAUAUUCCAUCUGAAGAAAAUGACGCAGGCUAUUUUGAGAAACAGGCUGCUCUUAGGUUAGCGCAAUUGGAUAGAGUAGCAGAACGUUUAUCCCACCAAGUGAUGGAGCAUCAUGAAGUAAUGGUGAAAGGGAUGAAUUUGGUCAGGGAAUUAGAGAAGGACUUGAAGGUUGCGAAUGUUAUCUGCAUGAAUGGAAGAAGGCACUUAACCUCAUCAAGGAAUGAGGUCUCGAGGGAUCUCAUUGUAAAUUCUUAUUCCAAAAAGAAACAAGCUCUCCUGGAUGUGCUUCCCAUAUUAUCUGACCUUCAUCAUGCAUUGUACAUGCAAGCAGCUCUUGAAUCCUUAGUUGAAGAAGGAAAUUAUUGCAAGGCAUUCCAAGUCCUAUCUGAAUAUUUACAGCUAUUAGAUAGUUUUUCAGACCUCUCAGCCAUACAGGAGAUGAGCCGUGGAGUUGAGGUUUGGUUGGGAAGAACCCUUCAAAAGCUGGAUUCACUUUUAUUAGGAGUGUGCCAGGAGUUCAAGGAAGAGAGUUAUAUAACUGUGGUUGAUGCUUAUGCUUUAAUUGGAGAUAUCUCUGGUCUUGCUGAAAAGAUACAGAGCUUCUUUAUGCAGGAAGUUCUAUCAGAAACUCACUCUGUGUUGAAGAAUAUUUUGCAAGAGGACCGAGAAGUAGAAAAGCAGAAUAGCAGACUCACCUACAGUGAUCUAUGCAUUCAGAUACCUGAUUCUAAGUUCAGGCAGUGUUUGUUGAGAACAUUAGCCGUCUUAUUCAGGUUGAUGUGUUCCUAUCAUGAGAUCAUGAUCUUUCAGCUGGAGAACAAGGUUUGGGCAUCCCAAAAAUCAAAUAUGAAGCUAAGGGAAUGUAGCAACACCGAACAACCUGGAGAGGCCCAGCAAAUUGAUUCUGCUUCAGGAAUUUCUCCUGAUCCUGAAGAAAUGAAUGGUUCUAUCUCCAAAUCUGUGGACAGCAUGAUGACGGAGGAACCUAUUACUGCUGUAUCUAAGGCAGACCAUACGGGAAUUACAAAUGCCAGUUAUUCAGAUUCUCAUAAUCAAGUUGAUGAGGCUAGGAGUGACAGCAGUGGGGCAUCAAGCAGUGGAUCCCCUUGGUAUCAUCUGCGGAAAGAUGCUACCGCUUUUGUCUCACAAACUCUUCAGAGAGGUCGGAAGAAUCUUUGGCAGCUUACAACGAGUCGAGUAUCAGUAUUACUUUCUUCUUCUGCAGUUGGUUCAAUGAGCAUUCACCAGUUCUUGAAAAAUUAUGAAGAUUUAAAUGUAUUCGUCUUGGCUGGUGAAGCCUUCUGUGGAGUUGAAGCAGUGGAGUUUAGGCAGAAGUUGAAGGUUGUUUGUGAGAAUUAUUUUGUAGCAUUUCAUCGGCAAAAUAUUCAUGCACUUAAAAUGGUUUUGGAAAAGGAAAAUUGGCUGAAAUUACAAUCAGAUACUGUAAAAACAAUAAGUUUUGAUGGGCUUGUUGGGGAUGGGGCACCCUUGAUCGUUCCAUCAGGUGCUGACCCCACUAAUAUCAGAUUGCGUCAUUCUCAUAAACCAUUGAAUCUGAUUGACCCUACUGCUGAGAAGAAUGGUUUUACAAGUUGGCUCAGAAAUGGAAAUCCCUUUUCCCUAAAAUUAAUGCACACUUCCAGAGAAGGCCAUAGUUCAUCCCCACUUAAUGGCGCAAUUUCAAAUGAAUAUGAUGGACAUGCGAAUGAUGGUUAUCAUGCUGAUUUGAUGUCCCCCAAAAGUAGUGAUAUCAAUCAUUCAAACGGAUCUCCUGGUUCGGAAGAUGAGAAUGAAGAUCUACUUGCAGACUUCAUUGAUGAGGAUAGUCAACUCCCAAGUCGAAUUUCAAAGCUAAAUCAUUCAAGAAGUAACUCUGUCCACUGGAAAAAUGAUGAGAUAACUGCACAAACGGGAUCAUCUAUUUGUCUUCUAAGGUCAAUGGACAAAUAUGCAAGGCUCAUGCAGAAACUAGAAAUAGUGAAUGUUGAGUUUUUUAAGGGGAUAUGCCAGUUGUUUGAGGUUUUUUUCUACUUUAUAUUUGAAACCUUUGGUCAACAAAACUCCAACUCAAAUGGAAAAGGUUCAUCUGAUUCUGUGAAUUAUCGACUGAAGAUGGCCUUAUCCAGAAUAUCACAGGAUUGUGACCAAUGGAUAAAAUCUCAGGCAACAUCUUCGCCCACAUCUUUAAGUGCAAAUAUGCAUGCAGAUUUAACACCUACUAAUCCUCAGAAUCAUUCACCAGCCAUGUCUUUCAGUCUGAAGGAUACGUGUGCAGCUACUGAUAGCAUCUCUCUUGUUGCUCGAAUAUUGCGCAGAUCCAAAACCCAUCUUCAGUCAAUGCUUCUUCAAAAUAAUCCUGCUAUUGUGGAGGAUUUCUAUGCACACUUGGUGGAUUCUGUACCAGAUCUUACAGAGCAUAUACAUAGGACAACUGCAAGACUACUUUUACAUAUUAAUGGGUAUGUUGACCGGAUUGCUAAUGCUAAAUGGGAAGUAAAAGAACUUGGACUAGAGCAUAACGGGUAUGUUGAUUUGUUGUUGGGAGAAUUUAAGCACUAUAAAACCAGGCUUGCUCAUGGGGGAAUCCACAAGGAGGUUCAGGACAUCCUCCUAGAAUAUGGUCUCGAAAUUGUGGCUGAGACUCUCAUUGAAGGUCUCUCUCGGGUGAAGAAGUGUACUGAUGAAGGCCGAGCUCUCAUGUCAUUGGAUCUUCAGGUUUUGAUCAAUGGCUUACAACAUUUUGUCUCUGUGAAUGUGAAGCCAAAGUUGCAAGUAGUUGAAACUUUCAUCAAGGCUUACUACCUUCCGGAAACCGAGUAUGUGCAUUGGGCCCGUGCUCACCCAGAAUAUACUAAAAAUCAAAUUGUUGGGUUGAUUAACCUUGUUGCCACAGUGAAAGGUUGGAAGAGGAAAACCAGGUUGGAAAUAAUAGAGAAGAUUGAAUGAGCUGAUAUGUAAGGUUUGGGUGGCCAUAUCAGGUUCCAGGUACAUAAAAUCUUGCAUUGUUUUCAUCUAUUGGAGUGAUGUAUAUUUGGAUAGAAUAUUUGAUCUCCCCUUUCCUUAAUUAAAAAUGUAGGCUGUAUAUCUUGUAAUCUAUAUGGCUUUCCCUAUGCGGGAAUAUCAAAUGUAAUUUUGGAUCACAUUUUAUGUGAAAUAAUAAAUGAGUUUAUAGGAAAGUUUCCGUUCCAAA